AGUCAUUGUUCACCAUUCGAUAGCAAUUUAACGUGCCUGAAUCAAUCGCUGCACUUCUUCGAGCAACUUCUUCUCGCUCAAAUGAGACAUUUUGUUGCUGUACAGAUCAAUGUCGAUCAGUGGUACAGGAGACAUAUGAAAGAUUUUUACCGCAAUUACACUCAGGUAAAAGAAGAUGAAGUAGCAAAACUUGCGGCAGAAUUGGAUCCAGAUGAAAUUAUCGAUAGAGAAACACGUAAUUAA